AGCACACGGUGUGCGCAGCAGCUGCGAGCGAGAUUGACAUUGCGAUACGCACACGCUCAAAUAAUUUGACAAGUGAAUGCGGAAGUCAUUUUUCACACAUUGUUCUUGUUUCAGCUGCGUAACAGUUCGGCAGCCAUAGGCAGCUCAGUUGCUCUGGUACUUGCCUUUGUGAAGAGAUUUUAACAAUGAAGAUUACUGUGACAUUGUGUUUGCUAUUGUUGGCUCUGUCAUCUUUUGUUCGAUCAGAAGGGGAAGUAGAUAAUUCUCUUGAGACAUCUUGCGGAGAUGAUUCUGUCAACUGUGCCCUCACCAAGGCAACCAGAUGGUUACUGACGCAACAGGAGGCAGACUGGAGCUGGAACGAGGGCACCAGUUCAUCUUCUGUUGUCUUGGCGAUGCAGCUGGCCAAUGAGAACUGGUUCUUAGAGAAGGGACUGAAGGCCCAGCUCGGAGUGAAACAGCUAGAGAUAGAGUUGCUUGCUGAGCUUGCCCGAUCAGCCAGACAGAGUGGUUGUGACAAUAACUCCGAACGCCGCCCACGUCUUGUUCAAAUCCCCGUUGGUCGCCUCGCUCUCUACAUCCUGGCAUUGGAAUCUACAUGUCACGACACCACAGACUUCUACGGCAAUGACCUUGUGGAGAUCUUAGAGCGCAAUAUGAAGCAUUUCCCUCGGAAUGACUUCAAUAACUACUUCCAAUAUUCUAUGGGGGUGUUGGCGCUCUGUCAAAGUGGUACCCAAGCUGUGAAGUUGAAGCAUAUUCGUCAGCUUCUUGAGGGUAAAGAAGACGAUGGGUGCUACAUGUUUGAUGGACAGGGUGCUGAUGUUUCUUCUCUAAGUCUUAUGGCUUUGUCGUGUGCAGAGAAUAGUGUCCCAGAGAGUUACAGAUCACACUUUGAGCGUCACUUCAAUAAGACAAUGGAUUGUAUAUUAAGCAAGCAGAAUGAAGAUGGGUCUGUUGGUAACCACAUCAGCACAGCUCUUGCUAGUCAGGCUCUGCUCGCUGCCAAUGUGGAUCCAAUAGUGUGGAAGAAAGAGCAAGCAUUUCAGCACAUCCUCAAUUCUCAAGAUGAAGACGGCCAUUUUGGAAACCUUGGAGCCACUGUUCAGAUUCUUCCCAUUCUUGCUAACAGACAUCAUGGAAGUGUCAAGGAGGUCAAAGCUGCUUGUCUUUUAAAUGAUGCACAGCCUACCGCUGCCCAACCAGCCAGUAACCAAUCAGCAACAACAACAGAACUAGGUCCACCAAUCACAAUUCAAAUCACUGUUGAGAAUAGCGUCCAUGAUAAUCAAGAGACAGUGACUAUUCCAGUUACUGGCCCAGCUGGCUUAACCCUGUUCCAAUUCCUGCAAAGAGCAAUGGAGAUAUCUGGAGAUCAAUUCUGGUUUGAAUCUAAAAUGACAGACUUUGGUAACUUCAUGACCAGUAUUAAUGGAAUUCCCAACGAUGGCGUUAACCAUACCUAUUGGACUAUCCUCAUUGGACCUGAACGGGAGUCCGCUUCUACAGGAUCUGAUGGCAUAACACCAGAAGAUGGCAAAGAGUAUAUUUUCUACUACAAAGCUUUCUAAAACUCAUCAAUUGAUAGUUCCCACAUGACGUAAAUCGGCCAUCUUUGCAGGCAAUUUGGAACACGCCCUUAUGCAUUUUACGCGAGAACGGCGUGCAGCAUGCGCAUAUUUCGCAAAACUCGUUGCCUGUUAGUAAACAGCGUGGAUGUGUUAAUAAACUGAGCGCUUGGCGCACCUGCAAGCGAAAAUGCAAUUUGCCCGUAAAGAUGGUGUCUGUUGCAACUCAUCAAUACUCAUACUCAAUAAAUAUAGUUAGGGCAUUUGACUUAUACAAUUAUUGUGACCCUCCUGUAACUUUAUAGCUCUUUCAGUGCUUGCUUUUUGUCUGCGCUUUGAACCUAAAAGAUGCCCAGCAGUUUUAGUAUUUCGAAAUUUUGUACAACAAAUAAAAGUUUUUCUAUAACCAAACAAAAACGUACCUUGCUUACUUCUGUGUUGCCUUGGUACAUCCCAAAUUCAG